AUGUCUACCACAGACGCCUUUCCACCACCAGUUAACCCGAACGACCUCGGCCGCGGGCCGAUGGUUAUGGGUUUGACAUGGGCUCUCACAGGCCUUGCCCUAGUUACCACACUCCUCCGACUAUACGUUAGAAAGCAGAUCGCUCCAAAACUGGGGGCAGACGACUGGCUGAUGCUCGUUGCAAUAACCUUCCAACUUGUAGCCCAGAUUUUUAUCUCUAUCUCCUUCAAGUAUGGCAUGGGAAAACAUAUCUGGGACUUAGACAUGCCAGAUGGGGCAGUAAACAUGACCAUGUGGGAGUGGUUUUCGGUUCCGCCAGGGCUUGUAUCGGGGAUAUUUGGGCGUAUCUCCAUAUGCUUUCUGCUUAUUCGCUUGUUCGGCGUCCACCGUUGGUUCCGAUAUUAUGCCAUUCUACUUACCGCGUGCGGCGUAACUCUGAAUAUCGCCAUAAUUGUCUGCCUUUAUGCGUCGAGACAGCCGAUACAGGCGUUAUGGGACCCGUCCAUCCCGAACCCCAAGCGAUGGGAUCCAAAUAUCGUGCGGGAUUUGAUGUACGCCGGGCAAUCGCUUUACACCCUUGCCGACUUUACUUUCGUCAUUUUCCCUAUUUUCUUCGUCUGGAGAUUAAACAUGAGCUUGAACCGCCGUCUAGGCUUGAUUGUGCUGAUAGCCUUAAGUUUCAUUACGGGCGGAAUAUCUAUUAUGAAGGGUGUACUAGCCCUCGACGAACAGUCAGGACCCGACGGCCCAUACGCUGCGGUGCUUAGUUUACUCUCGGCCACGCUUGAGCAGGCCUGUGUUAUCCUUCUGGGUAACAUAGUUCCGCUCCGCGCUCUGCUCAAGCUGGAUAUUCCUAAAAAAUUAAGUACAUUUUUCAACUCAUUAACCACUUUACUAGGUCAGAAAAUGCAGGCUGAUAGCAACCCGUCGACUCUGGGUGGGGCUUCGGGGUAUCACAAUGGUGCAUAUCGCGAUAUCGAGAUGGACGGCCAUGGACUCGGAAAUAAGGCGAGUGCAGUAUGGCACGAGGUUGACGACUACAACUUGUAUAGCAGUGGUCAGGUGAAGCGCACUGAUACUUUCGCUAUUUCGUACGCUGAUGCUGGUAGCUCCAACCGGCCCUAG